AUGAAGAUGUUCCUUACAGUCGAGUAUGCAAAGCCAGACCCAGAUCUACAUACAGAGCUCUUCUGCAAGUAUCCGUAUCCCUUCGACAAAUUCCCAGUGGAACGGAGACAAACUUCUUCCUAUGGUGAUGUGGAUGGUCCGGAGAUCGCGGUGCAGAUGUUGCUCACACACUUGUUCCCAUUCCGAACAGCGAAGUUCUACUUUGGUGAUGUUUGUCGCGAAACGACCAACUUCAUUUUGAUCUCCGCUGCCUUGGCUGCAGAAUUCCAGCUGGGGAAGAUGUGGGCAGCAAGGGCUGUACUUGCUUUUGCUGACCCAGCGCGCAUGCCUUCACGAUGCCAAGGAGAAGAUCGACUUUUCAAAGCGAGGGCGGAUUGA